UCAAUCGGACCAAUGAGCGAGCAGCUCGGAGCGGCGGUGUGAGCAUGUAAGGAAGACUCCGCUGACGGUCGAUGUUGUUCUUUACGACGCUGUCAACAGACUAAACAAACAAACAAAUAAACGAACAUGUCUGGAAGAGGAGGAAAGAGCGGGAAAUCCAGAGCCAAGGCCAAGAGCCGCUCCUCCAGGGCCGGGCUCCAGUUCCCGGUGGGUCGUGUCCACAGGCUGCUGAGGAAGGGGAACUACGCCCGGCGUGUGGGUGCCGGAGCCCCCGUCUACCUGGCGGCGGUGCUGGAGUAUCUGACCGCUGAGAUCCUGGAGCUGGCUGGAAACGCCGCCAGAGACAACAAGAAGACCCGCAUCAUCCCCCGUCACCUGCAGCUGGCUGUCCGCAACGACGAGGAGCUCAACAAGCUGCUGGGCGGAGUGACCAUCGCUCAGGGCGGCGUGCUGCCCAACAUCCAGGCGGUGCUGCUGCCCAAGAAGACCGAGAAGGCCGGCAAGGCCAAGUAAACACCCGGAACCACAGCGACCCUCAACGGCUCUUUUAAGAGCCACACACCCUCACUGGAGAGUUCACUCCUUACUGUCACAAUUUAUAUGUAUUUAUUUCAUAAAUAAAUAUUUCUGCUCUCACCUAA